AUGUCAUCUCGAACUCGUUCUGUUCAACCUCAAGGAGAAUCUGAACAUGAAUCUUGGGAAAAAUUCUACCAACUAAAUAUUAAUUAUCGAGUUUGCCGUUCUUUUUGUCCGAAACCUGAUGAUCAAGAAACUUGUGAAUGUAAUCAAAGAAAAGCUUUUCAUACAGACCUAACAGGCAAAAAAGAAAAUAAAUGGAAGAUAUCGAGUCAUACUGAGCAAAAAUUCAAUGAUAGAUAUUUUGGUACACUCUUUAAUGACGCUUCAUAUGUUCGUCUUGAUAUUGAGACACAACUAACAACAGUUACAAAGCUUCUUUUCGAAGUUUGGAAAAUUCCAGAACCUAAGUUGAUUAUGUCAAUUAUUGGUGGCGCGAAAUAUUUUAAAUUAAACGAUCGGCUUGAAUCAAAUGUUAUUAAGGGUAUUAUGAAUGUUGCUUGUAAAUCAAAUGUAUGGAUGAUUACAACUGGAUAUAAUGUUGGCAUUGUUCAACUUCUGGGACAAGCAAUUGGUAAAGUUAAAUUAAAAUAUCCAAACCAAAAGAUAACUGCUAUUGGUAUUGGUAAAUGGGGAAGUAUUAAAGAUGUACAAAAAUUAACAGGCAAAAACGGAAAAAAACCUCAGAAAGGUAAAAUUCCAAUCGAACAUUCAGAUAAUGAAGAAGCACCUGAUAAACUGAGAAAAGGCGAAACUCCUGUUGUCACUAUCGUUGUUGAUGGUGGUAGUGAUACUAUGGCAAAUAUAUAUUAUGAUUUAAAGCAUAAUAUUCCUGUUGUUAUUAUUAAUGGUAGUGGUCGUAUUGCUGAUUUUUUGAGUCGUUGGUUAUUGUAUACAAAAAACUUCGAAAAUGAUUCUGAACACGGUAAAGUGGCAUAUGGAAUCUAUGAAUUAAAAACAAAAGAUGUUACACAAAAAGUUUCAAAAAACAGAAAAACACCAAAAUCAAGAAACAGAACUGAUAUACAUGCUGAACUUCAUGUUGAUCCAUCUGAAACAAAACUUUGUAAUCUAUUUACUAAAUAUGAGAAAGAACUUAAAAAUGAUUUAGAAAGUGUUUUAUCUCCUGAUAAUGAUUCACAUAAAAAAAACUCUUCAAAAUCAGGCACCAGCAAUAAUCAUUCUGAUAAAAACCUAGAACGUACACUUAAUCAAGUUAUGUAUUGUCUACAGCCAGCUGUUCGCUCUCAAAUAACUGUAUUUAACUUACAUUCCGAAACUAAUUUAUCAGAAACAAUUUUUGAAAGUAUUUGUAAAUAGCAUACACCAUUCCUUGACUUAGCAAUGGAGUGGAAUUGUAUACAUGUAGCCAAAGCAUUUGUUUUCCAAAAUUCAUUAGAUAACAUAUCGGAUCCAGAAAAGGCUUUUCUAACUGCUUUAAAACAGGAUUUACCAACAUUUGUAUAUGAAUUUCUCAAAUUAGGAAUUCAGCCAGCUAAAAUAUUCUUUCCAUCAAACCAAUUUUUUUUAAUAGAAGGUAAUCGAUAUGCCACGUUCAUUCAAGAACUUUACAACGAUAAUAAUGAUUAUAUGGCUACCGAUAAAACUCAUUUUAAAUAUUUUAUCGAACAUCGUGGAGUUGUAGGUAACAAAAAUAUUGAUUCGGUUGACUCACUUAAUAGAGUUCUCGAAAAUCUUAUCGGUGAUUAUAUGCAUAAACUUUAUUUUGAAACCGACGAACAUGAAGAAAAAGAUCGAAUAAAAUGGGGAUUAAUGCGAAGUUCUAAACAAUCCAAAAAAGAUAAAAAUAAAGAUAUUGAAAAUAUUAAAUAUUCAUCCACUGAACUAAAAAAACAACAACCAGACAGAUAUAUAAUGCGGGAUUUAUUUUUAUGGGCUGUUCUAAUGAAUCGUAUUGAUAUGGCUAAAGUUUUUUUAUCCCAAUUGAAAUAUCGAAUAUGUCCAGCAUUGAUUGCAACAAAAAUUUUAAAACAAUAUUAUUCGAUAGCACAUCACGGUGAACUAAAGACAGGUUAUGGCGACAACCUUAACUAUUUUGAAAAAUAUGCAAUUGAUUGUCUCAAUAAAUGUGAUCAUAAUGCAGAACGAGCUUGUGAACUUGUUGUACAACAAAAUGAACUUUAUGGAUAUGUUAGUUGUCUUCAAAUUGCUUCUGAUGCGCAUGAUAAAUCAUUUAUUGCAGAACCAGCUUGUAUACAAGGUAUGAAUAAUAUUUGGUUUGACAAACUUCAUCCAGAACAAAAGACAAUCAUGCAAAAGUUAGCUUUGUUGGCUGGUGUUAUUUCACUUGGUUUUUUGGCGCCUAGUGUUGUUACAUUUCGGAACGUUGACAAGGAGACAGUAAUUGGUGAAUCUCUUAAAGCGAAGUUGGAACCAUUUGGCAUAAAUUAUUCUGACCCAUAUCCACUUGAAUAUCCUCGUUAUUUUGAAUUAACACCUACAUUGAAUACAUAUAUACAUCGAUUUGAACAUUUCCAUUUAUCGCCUAUGAUAAAAUUUUGCUAUCAUUUGACAGCUCAUCUUUUUUUUCUUUUACUCUUCUCCUAUGUACUUUUGUUCAAUUUUUCACCACCAAAAGCUCAAAGUCCAUCAAUACAUUGGACUGAAAUAUUAACAAUUAUUCUUGUUUCAUUAAUUAUGGCUUACGACAUCGAGCUAUGGUGGCUUCGUUGUCUAUCAUUCAUUAUUGUUGUACCAUAUCUUGGACCACAUCUGGUAGCUAUUUGGAAAAUGAUUCAAGAUCUUUUAUUUUUUAUGGUUAUUAUUGCAGUAGUGAUGAUUGGUUAUGGUGUUGCAUCUCGUUCAAUGGUUUAUUAUCCAAGAGCGAACAAUUUUACAAUGGAAACAGGUGGUUCUAUAGAUAAUAGUUUUGAUGGUAGAAGUGUUUUUCGUCAUAUUGCAUAUCCAGUUUAUUAUUUAUUACACGGAGAAGUUGGUGACGAACGAACAAGUCUUGAUAGUAAUCCGGAUGCUGCUUGGUCAAUUUCAAAUCAUAUUUUGCUUGCUAUUCAUAUGUUAUUUGUUAAUAUUUUACUUACUAAUCUGCUUAUUGCAAUGUUUAGUAAACGAUUUGACGAAGUUUAUGAAGAUAUACAAAAUAUUUGGCAGUCACAAAAAUAUUUAUUUACACGUGAAUAUUUCACACGUUCACCAUUUUUACCACCAAUAAAUCUUAUUUAUGAUAUUUAUUAUUUAUCGCGUAUGUUCGUCUUUUUUAUAAGACGAACAUUUUUUGACCAACCAGGAGAUCAUCAUGCUAAAGUAUUCAAAAUGAUUGCAAAAAACAAACCUCUUUUAGAAGAAUGGCGUGAAUUUGAAGGUGCAGCAACAUAUCAAUAUGCUCAUGAUCAAGUAAAAGCAUUGAAAGAUGCAUCAACACGGUUAUCAGAGGGAUCAGAUUCGUCUAGUAGAAAAAAAAAAGAGGAUCCAAUGAAUAAAGAUAAUGUGUUAAGUGAUACUAUGGACAAUAUAAAAGAAGUACAAGAGAAUAUAAAGAAUUUAAGUUCAACACUUGAUGGAAUGAGACCACGAAUUAUGAAUUUAAUUUCGUAA